AUGACGUCUCGUAUUAAAGCUCUUGACAUAGAUGUGGUGAACAAGAUUGCCGCUGGGGAGAUCAUUGUGGCUCCAGAAAAUGCCCUGAAAGAGCUACUAGAAAACGCGAUUGACGCCAAAUCUACAUCGAUUGACAUUAUCAUCCAAGAUGGAGGGCUAAAGCUGCUACAAAUGACAGAUAACGGUGUUGGAAUCUAUAAGGAAGAUCUACCGAUUCUUUGUGAAAGGUUCACUACCUCAAAGUUGAGCACUUUUGAAGAUCUGAACUCCAUUGGAACUUAUGGUUUCAGAGGAGAAGCUUUGGCAUCGAUUUCACACAUAUCCAGGCUGACUGUGACUACCAAAACGAAAGAUUCCGCAUGUGCAUAUCGUGCCAUCUAUCAAGAGGGAAGAAUGGUGGGAGAGCCUAAGCCAGUGGCAGGUAAAGAUGGAACGCAAAUACUGAUCGAAGAUCUUUUCUACAAUGUUCCCUCCAGACUUCGGUCAUUGAAGGGUGGAAACGAACAAUUGUCAAAAAUUCUGGACGUCGUAGCAAGAUAUGCAAUUAACACAGAUGGGGUCGCGUUCUCUGUGAAAAAGGCCGGUGAUACUUUGAACCUACUAGCAGUGCGGGCGAACAACUCCACCAAAGAUAAAGUGAGGACAGUUUUUGGAAGUGCUGUAGCCAGCGAGUUGUUACCAAUUGCCGUUGAGAAGAGCGAAGAAAUAGGUCUACUAUCUUGCGAAGGUCAGAUUACAAAUACUAGUUAUUAUAGCAAGAAAUCUGUGUCCCCUAUAUUUUUCAUCAAUGGGAGAUUAGUCAGUUGCGAUCCACUUAAACGAAUGAUCACACAGCUCUACUCAUCAUUCUUACCUAAAGGACAUAAGCCUUUUGUUUAUUUGCGCAUAGAUAUUAAGAGGGAAAAUCUGGAUGUCAAUGUCCACCCCACGAAACGGGAGGUUCGUUUUCUUUUUGAAGAUGAAAUAUUUCAAGUUAUCUUCCAGUCUAUUCAAGCCAAAUUAGGCAGUCUUGAUCAUUCCAGAAAAUUUGUAACAACUCAGAGUGUUUUAAAACACCAGUAUGCUCCUCAAGAGGAAAUCACCAAGAAGCCCCAGACGCUGUUAAGAACAGACGAUCUUCAGUCUAAGAUAACGGCAUUCAUUAACACAACCAACACCGAGUCAUUUGGAACUAUUGUCAAGGAUAGAGUCACAGUAAAACUUUCCAGUAUUCUGGAGCUCCGCCAACAGCUGGAGAAUAAAGUAUCAGAGGAUCUGACAAACAUGUUUGCAAAGCAUACAUACGUCGGUCUAGUCGACCCAAAUAGACGUUUGUGCUGCAUUCAGUACGAUGUGAAGCUUUUUUUGGUAGAUUAUGCUUCUAUCUCCUACGAGCUGAUCUACCAGAUUGGGUUGAGUGAUUUUAAUAAUUUCGGAACCCUUUACUUGGAGUCUGAGAAACCCAUAACUAUACGAGAACUGCUAGAAAUUGUCUAUGAAUCCAUUGACACAAGCGUACCUCCCAUUGACGAUGUCUUGGAAGCUCUCUUUGAAAUGAAGGACAUGCUAUUAGAGUACUUUUCCAUCGAGUUACAAGGCACAGAGAAGGAUCCAAUACUUAGGUCCCUGCCCAUAGUUAUCAAAGGUUACACACCCUCCAUUGGCAAGCUUCCCCUGUUUUGGUAUCGAUUAGGUACCAAAGUUGAUUGGUCAUCGGAGAAGGAAUGUCUAGAUGGCAUUUUGAGGCAAAUUGCAUUAUUGUACGUCCCAGAAGUAUCUGAGGCAGAAGGUAUAGAAAAGAUUCUGGAAGACCUGAUAUUCCCAACGAUAAAGAGUCGGCUGCUGGCGGUCGACAGCCUUUCCAAGAGCGUUGUGGAAAUUGCCAAUCUUCCUGGAUUAUACAAGGUUUUUGAGCGAUGUUAG